AUGUUCUCGAAAGUUUUAGCUCUGAGCGCCGUACUGGCAGUGUCUGCGGCAGGUCUCUUGCCUCAGCAACACUACUCAUCAGCGGCAGCUGUCUCCUCACAGAGCAUCGUGCGUCACGACCAACCUCAGGCUAUUCACUCUGCACCCGUCGCCAUACAUGCCGCCCCUCUCGCCUACCACGCUGCUCCAGUUGCCACUUAUGCGGCUCCCGCCCGUUAUUCCGCCGGCCAUGCUGUGUCCUCUCAAACAAUCUUGCGUCACGAUCAGCCCCAUGCCGCAAUCGGAUUUGCUCCUGUAUCCUACGCAGCAGCACCAGCGCACUACGCCGCGCCUAUCAUCAGCCAUGCUGCUCCCGUGACCAAGCUUGUUGCCACCGCACAACACGAGGAAUACGCUCAUCCUAAAUACGACUUCGCAUACUCCGUGGCUGAUGGACACACUGGCGACAACAAGUCCCAGCACGAGAGCCGCGAUGGUGAUGCUGUGCACGGCGAGUACUCGCUGCUUGAAGCUGAUGGCUCAGUUUUAGCUCUGAGCGCCGUACUGGCAGUGUCUGCGGCAGGUCUCUUGCCUCAGCAACACUACUCAUCAGCUGCAGCUGUCUCCUCACAGAGCAUCGUGCGUCACGACCAACCUCAGGCUAUUCACUCUGCACCUGUCGCCAUACAUGCCGCCCCUCUCGCCUACCACGCUGCUCCAGUCGCCACUUAUGCGGCUCCCGCCCGUUAUUCCGCCGGCCAUGCUGUGUCCUCUCAAACAAUCUUGCGUCAUGAUCAGCCCCAUGCUGCAAUCGGAUUUGCUCCUGUAUCCUACGCGGCAGCACCAGCGCACUACGCCGCGCCUAUCAUCAGCCAUGCAGCUCCCGUGACCAAGCUUGUUGCCACCGCACAACACGAGGAAUACGCUCAUCCUAAAUACGACUUCGCAUACUCCGUGGCCGAUGGACACACUGGCGACAACAAGUCCCAGCACGAGAGCCGCGAUGGUGAUGCUGUGCACGGCGAGUACUCGCUGCUUGAAGCUGAUGGCUCAGUACGCAGCGUGCAGUACACCGCUGACGACCACAACGGCUUCAACGCUGUAGUCAGCCACACCGCUCCCGCACAUCACUCUGCUCCCGCACCCACGCAUAUUCUCGCUCAUCAUUAA